GGUGGGGCACCUCCUCCCAGCCCCUCAGUGACUCCCCUCCCUCUGGGUCAGGGCUACUGUGGCCCAUGUGUGCCCUCUGCAGCCCCGUUCCUGGAUCCCUCUAGGCCUCGGCCAGCCCCGAGCAAGAUGGAAGGCGGGACCCAGGCCCUGGAGAUGGGCGAGGCAGAUGCCAACUGGGAGCUGAUCCGGGACAAGGUGAUUGAGGAGCGCUUUGGCCCCACGGUGGUGCCGGUGCCCUUCCUGGAAGACGCCGCCUCGUACGACCUGCUGGCGGUCCUGAUCAAGAAGCCGCAGCUGGCCCGCAGCCUCCUGCACCGGCAGCGCUGCCUGGUCCCCGUGGGGCCGCUGGAGAACCUGCUGCUGCUGGGGGGGGCCGGGCCGGCCGGCCGGGAGCUGGCCCACUGCACCCGCGAGUACAACGCCCGGGUGCGGGGGGAGUCGCGCUACGAGGAGACGCGGCUGGUGGGCGGCGCCCUGCGCCACAUCCGCCUGGCCCUGGCCGGCGUCCACAAGAAGGUGGCCUUCCUGGUGCUGCGGCCGGGGGCGGUGGUGCUGCGGCCGGACCUGCCCUGGCUGCGCUCCCAGAGCAGCCUCUACGUCAUCUACGAGGUCUUCUACUGCAGCAGCCUGGCGCUGAGCGUCACGCAGGGCGCCCAGCACCGCAGCUUCCACCUGGAGCGCUCCCUGCCCGUGGCCUUCUCCUGCCUCAAGUUUGCCCUCAGCAGCAAGGGGGUGCUGGGCUCCCAGAAGCCCACCGGCCACACCUUGCCCGCCCGGGCCGCCUGGGUCCGGAUGGCCGUGCUGGAGGCCCCCACCCCCGCCCCCCUGCCGGAGGCCCCCUCCCCUGCCGGACCGGCGGAGCCCCGGGACAGCACGGCCGGCCGCAAGCCCUGGAGGCGCCUGGGCAGGCCUCUGCGGCCCCUGGCAGGGAAGUGGCCGUUCAAGCGGCAGCGGCCCAAGCUGGGCCCCUCCACCGGCAGCCUGGCCGACGACCCCGAGCGGUACUCCAUGUCGCUGCCCCUCCUGCAGGGCGUCGCGGCGGCCGAGAGCGACACAGAAGAGUGAGCAGCACCGCAGGCAAUAAAGCCCUUGGCACCUCA